GGUAAUGAAAUUAUCUGCAACGCGAGGUCUAUAAGGCAACCUGGCCUGGAGGUGGAAAUUGUUUUCAACACCUCUUUUGCGAGACUAUUGGAUAUUAGAGCCUAGAGUAAUUCCUAAUAAGGAAAUGAGUUAGGAAAUAAAAAGACGGUAUAUAGAAAAAAAGUUGGAGACUUCGAAGUCUAUAUCGAAAACAAAACUGAUACAGCAUAGGACAGUAUAGAACUGAAGAAUACAAACAUAAAACACUUUUACUGGUUAAACUUUGUGAUUUUCCACUGAAACAAUUCGGAUUAUAUUUUCAUGAUGAAGUGCAUUAGAUCUGGCAUCGUUGGGAUAUUAGUAACAUUUUAUAUAUAUUGGAUGGUCUAUCUCCAUAGUUACGAACCAACCAGAAGAAACAAAGUGGAUGUUAUUACUACUGGACAGCAAAAAUCAGCGCCGAUUCUACACCAUGUGAAAUCACAGUAUCCACGUGGAAAAUCUCCAGUUGGAUCUAGAGUGGUCAAGUUAUCUGAGGUCAAGGUCGCUUCAAAUGCAAGGUCAAAUGUUGUGAAGACAAUCUUCAAUAAAGUCACAAACGAUGAACAACUGGUUGAGUCAAAACAUUCCCAAAAUAAAGAUACAACAGAAAAUCCCAAAGUUAUACUAUACUGGACCUCAUUUUUCAGUGUAUCUGAUUUCUAUCAGAGCACCGGAGACAGACCAUUUAAGGGGUGUUCAAAAACUUGUUUCGCAACUACUAACAAAUCACUGUUUGAUAAAGCGGAUGCGCUUCUUAUUCAUCCGUAUGAGUUUGAAUAUGAAAAGAGCAAACUGAUUGGUCAAAAGUCACAUUUAUUGCACUAUCCUCAUGGGGAUCUACCGAAAUAUCACCCUCCUCAUCAAAGAUGGGUUAUGUACACAGAGGAGCCACCUACUAUUAUGAACCCCAAAAAUACGAAGCAGUUCAACGAUGUCUUCAACUGGACAAUAACAUACAGAUCCGAUUCCGAUAUUCUUAACCCAUACGGGCAACUUGCAAAGAAGAAAAUGGAUUUUAACCUCACAAAGAAUUUUGCUAGGGGAAAGGAUAAACUUAUAGCAUGGUUCGUCUCAGAUUGUAAAACACAAAGUAAACGGGAAGUCAUCGUUAGAGAGCUACAGAAACAUAUCCCUGUUGAUAUUUUCGGAGCAUGUGGUAGUUUAAAAUGUCCGCGGAAAUCAGAAGCAAACUGUUCCAGAAUGUUGGAGUCUCGCUAUAAAUUUUAUCUCUCCUUCGAAAAUAGUUUAUGUGUGGAGUAUGUGACGGAGAAAUUAUGGAAGGUCCUCAAGUUAGACAUAAUCCCGAUUGUGCUAGGUGGUGCCAACUACACUAAGAUAUUACCAAAGAAAUCGUUCAUUAACAUACUUGAUUUCACAUCUUUGGACACUUUCGUUAAUUAUUUAAACCUAUUGGAUGGAAAUGAUACACUGUAUAAUGAAUAUUUCAUGUGGAAGAAAGACUAUGAUUUUCUCCAUACUUAUGAACUUAGGAGAAGUUACAUGUGCUCAUUGUGCAAGAAAUUACACGAAGACCAUACAGUGAAAACAUAUCCAAAUAUGGACAUGUGGUGGAAUGAAAAGCGAGACUGUGUCUCACCCGAGAUUUAUUUGCAAAAUUGGUUUUAAACACAUAAGCUACAAUAUUU